AUGUCAGAGAACGAAGAGUUGUCGUACAGCGCUGCCAUUCAGGAGGCCAGCAAGUCCAUCUGUCGCUUCCCUCUUAUCCCAGUGGAAGGCAUUCCUCUCAGGAGCUCCAUCGCCAAUAACUUUGACGCCAUCUCAGCUUUCUGUCCCGACAGCUCGGACCUCCUCAUCGCCACCUACCCCAAAGCGGGGACAACGUGGACCCAGGAAAUAGUUGACCUGCUUCUUCACAACGGCGAUGCAGAGGCAUGCAGACGAGCCCCCACGCCGGUCCGAAGUCCUUUCUUAGAGAUUUGUUACCCACCACCAAUCCCCUCAGGCCUUGAGCUCCUGAGUAAAAUGGCUCCUCCGAGAAUCAUUAAGACACAUCUGCCAUUCCAGCUGGUCCCCGCCGGAUUUUGGGAAAAGAAGUGCAAAGCUAUCUACGUAGCGCGCAACGCUAAGGACAACGUGGUGAGCUACUACCAUUUUGAUCGCAUGAACAUGACCCAACCUGAGCCUGGACCUUGGGAGGGCUACAUCCACAAGUUCAUGCGCGGAGACUUGCCGUGGGGCUCCUGGUACGAUCACGUGAAAGGUUACUGGGAGGAACGAGACAAGAGGAACAUCCUGUACAUUUUCUACGAAGACAUGAAAGAGAAUCCCAGACGUGAAGUGGAACGCAUCAUGAGGUACUUGGACUUGUCCCUCUCUGAUGACAUCAUCACUCGCAUCGUGGAGCUGACGAGCUUCACAGCAAUGAAGGAGAACCCAAUGGCCAACUACACUUGCGUCCCCACUCGCGUCUACGACCGGUCCAUCUCGGCCUUCAUGAGAAAAGGAGAAGUGGGCGAUUGGAAAAAUCAUUUCACACCUGAGCAGUCGGCAGAGUUUGAUGCGGACUACCAGAGGCAAAUGAAGCAAGCGGACAUCCCGUUCAGAACGGAUGUCAUGUCAGACAAGCAGACUGUCAUCCCUCGCUCCCUCUUGGUCCCCAUAGAAGGGAUUCUUCUUGAGGACCACAUCGCCGAAGGCUUAGAAGCCGUGUCUGCCUUCAGUCCUCAUCCGUCAGACCUCCUCGUCGUGGCCUACCCGAAAUCAGGCUCAACAUGGACUCUGGAGAUAAUUGACCUGCUUCUUCAUAACGGCGACGUUGAGAGCUGCAGACGAGCUCCGAUAACGGUCCGCACGACUUUCCUCGAGUCUACCGUUCGACUACGCAGCAAAUCAGGUCUUGAUCAACUGAAGGAACUGGAUCCCCCAAGAGUCAUUAAGACACACCUCCCAUUUCAGCUGAUUCCAGUCGGGUUUCGGGAAAAGAAGUGUAAAACCAUCUACGUCGCACGCAAUCCUAAGGACACGCUGGUGAGCUUCUACUACUUUCAUCACAUGAAUAAGACUUGUCCUGAGCCUGGAACGUGGGAUGACUUCGUCCGCAAGUUCAUGCGCGAUGAGCUGCCGUGGGGCUCCUGGUACGAUCACGUGAAAGGUUUCUGGGAGGAACGGCACAAGAGGAACAUCCUUUACCUCUUCUACGAAGACAUGAAAGAGAAUCCUCGGCGUGAAGUGGAGCGAAUCAUGAAGUUCCUGGACUUGUCGCUGUCUGAUGAUGUCAUCAGCCGCAUUGUGGAGCUGACGACCUUCAAGAACAUGAAGGAGAAUCCAAUGGCCAACUAUACCUUCCUUCCCAAUGAGAUUUAUGAUCAGUCCGUCUCCAAAUUCAUUAGAAAAGGAGAAGUCGGUGAUUGGAAAAAUCAUUUCACGGCUGAGCAGGCAGCGGAGUUUGACGAGGAUUACAAGAAGAAAAUGAAGCAAGUCAACAUACCCUUCAAAACAGAGUUCUAA